CUGGACAGUGGUUCUCUUCAGUUCCCCCGGUUCUACUCCUUCCAUUUUUACUGCAUCUACCAUUUGAUCAACAUGAAAUCAUCUCUGACUCUGCUGUGUCUGGUGGUAUGGGUGAAUGUGGAUGCUUCAUCAGCUCAGACUGUGUGCAGUGGACCUCUUCCAAAUGUGCCCGAUGCCAGGGUCACUGAGGAAAGCAUCAAAAAUGAGUACAAAGAGGACGACAUUGUCCUUUUUUCCUGCAACUUUGGCUUUGUACCAGCAGGCAGAAUAAGUUAUCAGUGUAAGAAGAAUAAGUGGGUGGUGGUCCGUCAGGGGAAAUGCAAGCCUAAACCAUGUGAGCUCCCUGAUGAAACUGCCAAUGGCCACUACAGCAUCCACGCUGGAGAUGACUUUGUCUUUGGAACCACUAUCAAAUACACUUGCAAUGACGGUUAUCAGAUUAUGAGCAAAAUGGACAACAGAACCUGUAUGGUGGCAGGAUGGAGCAACCACCUGCCCUUAUGUGAAGUGGUGAGUUGUGUCCCUGAGGCUACAGAUGGACGGGUGGUUGUGAGCGGUCUGCCAGAUGAUGAUGGUGUUAUACAGUACGGUCAUGAGCUCAAGUUCAGCUGCCCCAACCCAGCACACCAGCUGAAGGGAAACCCACAGGUAGUGUGUGCCGCGGGGGGGAUGUGGAGCAACCGUUUCCCAACCUGUGAAGAUGUGACUUGUGAAGCUGCAGAGAAGAUUAAGAAUGUGAACGUGAUAGGAAUUCCCCAAAACAACACCAUGAAGGUUGGACACAGGCUACAGUUUGAGUGCAGCAACUCUAAACACAUUCUGAAGGGGAAAUCAGAGGUCACCUGCUCAGUCAAUGGACAGUGGAGUCACUCCAUUCCAAUUUGUUAUGAGCCCAAGGAUUUCUGUGGACCACCUCCACAUGUCAAUAACGGAGACAGAGACAGAACCAGAGAACGCUACAGAAAUGGAGAAUCAGUUCAAUAUGUCUGCCAGAAAUACUACAUCCUUGAUCCCCCUUCAGCGUACAAGACGUGUUGUGACGGGAUCUGGACACGACCGAUAACCUGUCUGAAACCCUGCACUGUGGAUGAAGAGCUGAUGAACACACAGAACAUCCAAUUUAAAUAUCCUCCGGAAGAUCAAAAAGUCUAUGCCACACAUGGAGAUCAUACCACUUUUAAGUGUACUGGUCAUCUUAGACUGAGCCCAGGUAGUGUUGGUUUUCAUCAGCAGUGUAUAAAUGGGGUCAUGAACUUGCCUCAUUGCCAAUAGUGGCUUCGUCUUACGUGAAGAGAUGGCCACUUGCUUGCGGAAAGAUUGCUGCUUUCAUCAAUAUAAUAGUCUGCAUCAUUUCCAAUCCCACAUAUAAUUUUUGGGUAAAUAUAUAUAUCCAUAUACAUACAUAUUCACAUAUAUACAGUGGGGAGAACAAGUAUUUGAUACACUGCAAAUUUUGCAGGUUUUCCUACUUGUAGAUGUCUCAUAG